AUGGGUAAAAAACUAUCAAGACCUGACAAAAGUAAUAAUUCUUUAAUAAAUUCCAAGUCGACUUCCCAAACAAAAUUCAUUAAACCACAUGAUUACCAAGUCCCUUUACCAUCGCCAAAUUUCGAUAUAUACUACAACAGAGGAAAUCGCAAAUACAUAAAUAUAUCAAACAUAAAUUAUCUGUAUCCAGUUGACGACAAUGAAAUUGAUAGGAUGCAAAACCAGCACUAUCUUUGUCGUCAUGUUUGGGGUGAUAACUAUUCUGCUCCAGUAAAACGAUUGCUAGAAACAAAAGAUUCAAAGAUUCUUGAUGUCGGAUGCGGUCCCGCAACGUGGACAUUGGAAAUGGCGACAGAUUAUACAAAAUCAAAAUUCACCGGCAUAGACAUUGCGCCUACUUAUCCAAUUCAUACCAAACCUUGCAACGUCGAAUUUCUUCAGGCCAACAUUCUUGCUGGUCUACCUUAUGCGGAUAACACAUUUGAUUACGUUAUAUGUAGACUCAUGAUAUUUGCGUUUACUUUAAAAGAUUGGGAAAUCGCCAUAAGAGAAAUCUGUAGGGUGUGCAAGGUUGGCGGUUACGUUGAAUUUAUGGAGAAGGAUAUCCUAUUUUGGAAUGAAGGAAAUUUCACAAGGAAUGCGAGGAUAUGCUUCGCAGAAGAAUUACGGUCAAAGAAGAAAAUUGAGUCCGUGAUUUCCCCAAAGCUUCCGAAAUUUAUUUCUAAAACAAAACAUUUCCCAAUAAUAUAUCAUGCUGAAAGGAAUAUCCCAAUAGGUAAAUGGGGUGGAAAAUUGGGGGAGUAUUAUGAAUAUAUGUAUGAGUGGGGAGCCAAGAAUCUACGGAAUGUAAUGAAAGAUUGUGGCUACGAUGAUAAGGAAUGGGAUUCGAUUGUUGAAACGGUUAUGAAAGAAUUAAGUUAUAACCAUGGCUAUGAUAAAAUUCAUAGGAUUUGGGCUAGAAAGGAAGAAUUUCAACCAGAAAUGGAAGAAAGUUUAAUCAUUGAAGAAUGA